AUGAGAGAAGAAAAUAAUGAUAGAGGAAGAAGAGAAGAGAGACAAACUGCAUAUGACUACUUCCGCACUAAUCGACCAAUCUGCCUUUAUGAUCAAAACGGUGCGAUUCUUUAUGAAAAUAACUACCAGGGACUUCGGAACAAAAUUGUCCAGCUCAAUGACGUGGCUCUAUUGAAGCAAUAUAUUGUAAAAUACCCCAGAGCAGUCCUGGCUGCUGGGGAGGUGUAUUACCAUGACCCUUUCUUCAUUGCUGCUGAGUGUGGGAGUACCGAUGCUCUUCGCCUUCUUUUCAAUGUCUAUAUUGCCGAUCCUACUCAAGCCAAGGCACUCGAUAAGCGAGGAUACCGGUUAUUGGAUCUUGCCUGCCAGAACGCCCAUAUCGACACUGUACGUUUCCUAUUGAACAACGAACCUCCACUAGGGGAUGUCCUCGCAAGAAAUAAAUAUGGCGAUACAGCAUUACUGUCCGCUGCAGCUUCUCUGGCCCGGUUUCGUUACGAAGAUUGGGAGGAUAAUGAUUUUAGCAUGGAAUGGAUUCGUGAUCGAUUCGCUCGUAGCGAGGAUCUCAUGCAGCUGCUCCUUGACAGAGGAGCUUCUGCUCGCGACUCUAAUACCACAGAAUUCUUCAGAGAAGACUAUGAUGAAUAUAAGUCACAGCCGCGAGACACUGUUCUCGGCCUUGCUGUUUCACGAGCCAGUCCUAGUUUGGUAAAACGGCUCAUUGACGAAGGGGCCGAUGUACACCGAAGAGAUUGGCACCUACGCAUGAACAAUUCCAGUUUUGGAGGAAGUUAUAUAGACGCUAUCAAUGUCACAGUUCUUCAUCUGGCUAGCUCGUAUUGGAACGUCGGCGCGAUCAAGGUUCUGCUUCAACAUAGAGGCAGCGAGCUGCUCUCCUCAUCUGAUAGUAUUGGACGUUUACCUAUCCAUUGGGCUGCUGCAGGCCCUAUGCUCCAUAACGAAUAUACCAUUCCUGAGCAUGAAAUCGAUUCACGAAUCAUCGAAACUUUCAAACUACUCUUAACCGGCAAUUCUGACAUGAUCAACGUGAAGGAUAAGGAAGGGAUGUCAGCUUUAUAUUACGCGGUUGGAAGCCACGCUGGGUGUGGUAUCGGGCAUUUAUAUCUUCUAAUCAAAUUCUUACUUGACAAAGGGGCAAAUGUAGGUCUACAAAACAGCAAAGGACAAAGUGUGCUACAUAUAUUGGCUCUUAACUCUAUAGCUGGCGAGCCCAUCAACACCGCCUUAAUAGACCUUCUACUUUCGUAUGGGGCCGACAUAAGCCAGACUGACAUGAAUGGCGAUACUGUCCUCCAUAUUAUGGCAAAAAAUCUACGCCAGGUUGAGGCAACCCGGUCUCUGCUCAGCAAAGGGGCCGAUGUCAGAGCCAUCAAUGCAAAGGGGAAUACACCAUUUCAUGAAGUCAUGGUUGGAUUGCUUCGGAGCCGAGUAUCCCGACGACAGAAAACUGAGCCUGUGACUUUGGCAGAUCGAUUAAGAACACAAAAUGAGAUGAUUGCGGUCCUGCAGGACGGUAAUGGCUACAGCGAUACAUUGAUGGACCAGCCAAACGCGGCUGGAAAGACACCACGACAAUUGCUUGAGGAGACAAGGGCUAGGUGGCAGAAUAUCGAAUCUGAAGCAUCACGACCUAGGUCCAAUCAGCAGAACUAA